GAGCUUCAUUAUGUAAAUGCUCUCAUUCAGGCUCAAUCGAAUGAGAUCCAAUGGCUCUUUGACUCACUCUCUUCUUCAGUAGUCAUGUUUGUCUUUGCAAAGGGAGCUCUCUUUAGUUCUCUUCUUCAAGUUUAGGCGCAUCGUGCUUUUUGUUUCUAUGCAUUAAGGAUUUUUUUUUUAUUAAAUCGCUGCGUUUUAGUAUUGUACAAGGAGCUUAGGUAAAUUUAACUCAACCUAAUUUGAUGAUACCCAUUUUAAUAAUUUUUUAUUCAAAACCCUAGUUAAUUUUGAUUUUAGGAUGAUAAUAUUACAAAGUUUUUAAAUUGGAGGGUUCCAAGAAACGAAGGUCAGAUUAAAAUGUUUUUACAACCAACUCCAAAUCUCGUAGUUUUUUUUUAUAGGUUAAGUGCUGAUUUACAAUAUAAUAUGAUUUUUCUUUCGAUUUAAUAAAAUUUAAAUUUAAAUUUAAUUAGAAAGUUAAUAUCAUCGAUUAAAAUUAAAUUAGCAAUUUCGGACAAUUCUAAAGUUCCCUAUUCCCAGUAAUAGAAACUCGUCCAACUCUUCUUGCGUCUUGUUGACUAAUGUCAAAAUCUGCAAAAUAGGAGUGAUAGAUUAAGAUGGGCAAUCCUUUGUUAGCCAAAAUUUUGAGCAAUUGGCUUCCCUUGCUUAUUUUCCUUGAUGGAAUUGAUUCCAGUUAUGAUCGUAGUUAUCUGCAGCAAAUUUUAAGUUCAGCACAACAAGAUAAAGAUUGGUUAGUGUCUAUCAGAAGACAAAUCCAUCAAAACCCAGAACUCAGGUUUGAAGAACACAACACUAGUGCUCUUAUUCGCAGUGAACUCGACAGACUUGGAAUCCCUUAUGAAUAUCCAGUUGCUAAAACUGGCGUUGUCGCCAAAAUUGGCUAUGGUUCUCGUCCUGCCGUUGCUCUCCGGGCCGACAUGGAUGCUCUUCCCUUGCAAGAACUGGUUGAGUGGGAGCAUAAAAGCAAAAUUGAUGGUAAAAUGCAUGCUUGUGGACACGAUGCUCACACCACAAUGCUCCUCGGUGCUGCCAGGUUGCUUAAUCAGCGUAAACAUAAACUUAAGGGAACUGUGCGACUUCUUUUCCAACCAGCUGAGGAGGGAGGUGCUGGUGCAUCUCAUAUGAUAAAAGAAGGUGCACUGGGUAAUGCUGAAGCAAUAUUUUCCAUGCACAUUAGCACACAAUUGCCCACUGGAAAGAUUUCAUCCUUGCCAGGGCCACUCCUAGCUGCUGUGUCUAUUUUUGAAGCUAAAAUUGAAGGCAAAGGUGGCCAUGCUGCAGAGCCUCAUAAUAAUGUUGAUCCAGUACUUGCUGUAUCAUUUGCAAUUCUGGCACUGCAACAGCUCAUCUCAAGAGAAGCUGAUCCUCUAUACAGUGAAGUGCUCUCUGUUACGUACGUCAGAGGUGGGACUGCCCUGAAUGUAAUUCCACCAUAUGUUCAAUUUGGGGGCACUUUGAGGAGUCUGACAACCGAGGGCUUGCACCGACUCCAGCGGAGGAUGAAAGAGGUUAUUGAAGGCCAGGCAGCUGUGCACAGAUGUAAUGCAUACAUUGACACGAAAGAAGAAGAAUACCCAUCGUAUCCUGCUACUGUGAAUGAUGAAAAGUUGAAUUUGCAUGUUCAGAGGAUUGGCAGUCUUCUUCUUGGUGCUGAGAAUGUAAAGCUAGGUGAGAGGGUGAUGGCCGGUGAGGACUUUGCUUUCUAUCAAGAAAUGAUUCCUGGAGUCAUGUUCAGUGUCGGAAUUAGAAAUGAAAAACUAGGCUCAAUUCACUCCCCACACUCCCCUCACUUCUUUCUCGAUGAGGAUGCACUUCCGGUUGGAGCAGCACUAUAUGCUGCCCUAGCAGAGACUUAUCUAGGUGAUUUGGAUUCUGUUGUACAGCAAGGAAUUGAAGGCGACAACGAGGUAUGAUUAAGCUAGCAGCGGUCGGACAUUAGUCAAGUGCAUGCUGCAGGAUAUCAGGAGUUCGAAUUCCAUGUAAUGACACAAGAAGCAAAGACUUGAAAAAUGUUAUGUGUAAAAGAUAAACAGAAAAGGGUUUGUGUUAUUUCAUUUGUAUAGUGAAAUAUUUGUCAGGAUUGAAGUUAGUAAAAAUGUGCAAUUGAUGUCAAAAGUUUCAAAUCAUCACUAAAUUUUCUUGGAAAAACCUUAUCGUUGUUAUUUAUCAUAGACUUGGGUCAUUUAGUUGUGCC